UCCCAUAGACAGAAAGAGCUGCCGAGCCAAGGCAUAUGGAGGCGACUACUCCUCUCCUGACACCUUACAAGAUGGGCAAAUUCAACCUGGCUCACAGGGUUGUUCAUGCGCCGGUGACGCGCUGCAGGUCGUACGAGAACAUGGCGCAGCCGCACAACGGCCUGUAUUACGAGCAGCGGGGCGCCGGGAAGCCGCUUGUUGACGCCGUGCACGCCAAGGGUGCCCUCUUCUUCUGCCAGAUCUGGCACACGGGCCGCGGCAUCCAACCCACCACUGAUCGAUGAUGCAGAGUUUGGGGCCCCUCCAAGGUUGGAAGCAGAAGAUAUACCACAAAUGGUGAAUGACUUCCGGAUCGCCGCCAGAAACGCUAUCAAAGCCGGUAAUAAUGAUCAGUUAGCCAAUGCAAUUUCCUCA